AUGCCCCAGACCUGCCCCAAACCCUCGGACAUGGCCGAGCUCAGCAGCCAGGGCUGGGUGGACGAAACUCGGGCAGCCAAGGAGCAAAAUAACGAAAAUUUCGCGUUGGUCCCGACCCUUCCCGAGGAACGCGACAGCGCCGAGGAGGAGGAGGAAGAGGAAGAGGAAGGUGAAAAACCCAAGAGGAGAGGCCCAAAGAAGAAGAAGAUGACCAAGGCCAGGCUGGAGAGGUUCAGGGCUCGCAGGGUCAAGGCCAACGCUCGGGAGCGCACGAGGAUGCACGGCCUGAACGACGCCCUGGACAACCUGCGCAGGGUCAUGCCCUGCUACUCCAAAACGCAAAAACUUUCCAAAAUCGAGACUUUACGCCUGGCCAGGAAUUACAUCUGGGCCCUGUCCGAGGUGCUGGAGACGGGGCAGACUCCGGAGGGGAAAAACUUUGUGGAAAUGUUGUGCAAGGGGCUCUCCCAACCCACCAGCAACCUGGUGGCCGGCUGCCUCCAGCUGGGCUCGCAGCCGCUUUUCCUGGAGAAACACGAGGAGAAAUCCUGCGAGCCCGGCUUGCCCGGCCACUCCUUCGGCUACCAAGGGCUACCAAGCCCCCCUUACGGAUCCAUGGAGUCUCACCUGCUGCACCUGAAGCCUCCAGCCUUCAAAAGUUUGGUGGAUGCUUCUUUGGGAUGCUCCACGCCGCCCUACGAGGGGCCGCUGACGCCGCCGCUGAGCGUCAGCGGGAAUUUCGCGCUCAAGCAGGACGGGUCCCCAGAGCUGGAGAAAUCCUUUCCCUUCCUGGGUCACUUCCCCCCGGGCAGCCUGGCCACGGCCCAGCACGGACACGGCUCCCACUUCCAGAGCUCCGUGGGCCGCUACGAGAUCCCGCUGGAUGUGGGGUACGAGGCCUUCGCGCCCCACGUGGGCGGGACGCAGCUCGGGGCCAUCUUCAGCGAGUGA